CCUGCUGCGUCCAUUUCACGCAGUUCACACGUUUCAUUUGCCCCCGCGACCGCGGAAAUUUUUUUUUCCAAAUCGAGCCAAAAUUAGCAAAAAUCCCCGCCCCCACCUCCAAAAAAAAAAAAAAAAAUCUCAAAAAAAGCAAGCCAUGUCGUCUUCCUCCUCUCGAUCCCCUGAGCUCCGGCGGGACUCCAUCUUCAACCGAUGGGUCAUCUUCUCUCCGGCCCGAUCUCGCCGCCCCUCCGACUUCAAAUCUCACUCAAACCCUAACCCUAAAAACCCUAACCCUAGUUCUUGCCCCUUUUGUAUUGGCCACGAGAGCGAGUGCGCUCCAGAGAUCUUUCGAUUUCCGAAGGGUUCUAGCAAUUGGAAGGUGAGAGUCAUUGAGAAUCUUUAUCCGGCGCUGAAAAGAGACGAGGGGAUAAUAUCGGAUCCGGAGAGACUGGAUCCGAAAGGGUGCGUGGUUGCGGGUUUCGGGUUUCAUGAUGUGGUGAUUGAGAGCACGACGCAUUCGGUUCAUUUGCCGGAUUUGUCGGAGGCGGAGGUGGGGGAGGUGGUCAGGGCGUAUAAAGAGCGGAUCUUGCAGCUGAAGCGGGUUGGAUCCGUUAAGUACGUGCAGGUGUUUAAGAAUCAUGGUGCAUCUGCGGGAGCAUCAUUGACUCAUUCACACAGCCAGAUGAUUGGUCUUCCAAUAGUUCCUCCAUCAGUCUCUUCUCGGCUUAAAAGUAUGAAGGAGUACUAUGAUCGAACUGGGAAGUGUGGCUUGUGCGAGGCUCUAUCCAAGGAUAUUUUGAUUAAUAAGUCAACACAUUUCUUUUCCAUUGUUCCUUUUGCAGCUACAUAUCCUUUUGAGAUUUGGAUUGUUCCUCGAGAUCACACAUCGUAUUUCCAUGAUAUAGAUGAAGAGAAGGUUGUAGAUUUCGGUGGUUUGUUAAAGCUAAUGCUUCUUAAGAUGUCGAGUCAGUUGAAUGACCCACCAUACAACUUCAUGAUCCACACUGCGCCAUUUGAAUUACCGUCCGAUCACUUACCUUGCGCUCACUGGUUCCUUCAGAUUGUUCCUCAGUUGGGUGUUACCGGGGGAUUUGAAAUGGGCAGUGGAUGCUAUAUUAAUCCAGUAUUUCCAGAGGAUGCUGCAAAUAUCUUGAGGGAAGUUGAUUGUUCGCAGCGGUGAAAGUAAUAGAUGCAAAUAUCUUGACAGAAGUUGAUUGUUCGCAAUAGUGAAGGUGAUAGAACCUUCUUUCUUUGUGUUGUAUAGGUAUAUCCCAUUCAGAGAAUAAAGUAAAAGAAAAAAGCUCACAUCAUUGAGGGGAAUAAUGUUUGUUGGAAACGUCUUUGAAGCACAACCUUUUCUGCAGUUGUUCUUGCAGUCUUCGAAGCUUUUAAGAAUAAUGAGAGAAUUAUCCUGUGGAAUUGCUCUCCAGACCCAUGGCAAUUUAUAGUUGCCUUGGAAAGGAUUAAAAAGGAAAAAAGAUUAUCUUCCUUGGAGAGGAUUAAAAAGGAAAAAGAUUAUCUUCCUGAGACGACGAUGUAUACUUGUGUUGAAAAUAAAAAGAUUUGUCUUCCCUGAGAUAAUACAGGAUUCUGCUUUAAUAAGCCUUGAUGCGACGACAUCGUCUUGUUGUAAUAUCAUUAGUUCUUGUUGCCAUAAAUAAAAGAGUGAAAAUGAUAUCUUCUGAAA